UGCGUGCGUCGUGCGUGCCGUCGUCGGGCUGCUCCUGCUCUGCUGCUCCACACUGCGGCGGCGGCCACUGCUCUGCGCUACAGAAAUGGCGGAGGGGGAGUUGGACGUGGACUCGCUCAUUUCCAGGCUUCUAGAGGUGCGAGGAUGCAGACCGGGGAAGAUCGUGCAGAUGUCAGAGGCCGAGGUCCGGGGCCUGUGCAUAAAGUCCAGAGAGAUCUUCCUGAGCCAGCCCAUCCUGCUGGAGCUGGAGGCCCCGCUCAAAAUAUGUGGUGACAUCCACGGCCAGUACACAGACCUGCUCCGGCUGUUCGAGUACGGCGGCUUCCCCCCGGAGGCCAACUACCUGUUCCUGGGCGACUACGUGGACCGGGGGAAGCAGUCCCUGGAGACCAUCUGCCUGCUGCUGGCCUACAAGAUCAAGUACCCCGAGAACUUCUUCCUCCUGAGGGGCAACCACGAGUGCGCCUCCAUCAACCGCAUCUACGGCUUCUACGACGAGUGUAAACGCAGAUUCAACAUCAAACUGUGGAAGACGUUCACGGACUGUUUUAACUGUCUGCCCAUCGCCGCCAUCGUGGACGAGAAAAUCUUCUGCUGUCACGGAGGCCUGUCCCCCGACCUACAAUCGAUGGAGCAGAUCAGACGCAUCAUGAGGCCCACAGACGUACCAGACACAGGGCUGCUGUGUGACUUGCUGUGGUCGGACCCCGAUAAGGACGUGCAGGGCUGGGGCGAGAACGACCGCGGCGUCUCCUUCACCUUCGGGGCGGACGUGGUCAGCAAGUUCCUCAACCGCCACGACCUGGACCUGAUCUGCAGAGCGCACCAGGUGGUAGAAGACGGUUACGAGUUCUUUGCCAAACGUCAGCUGGUGACGCUUUUCUCGGCCCCAAACUACUGCGGAGAGUUCGAUAACGCCGGCGGGAUGAUGAGCGUGGACGAGACCCUCAUGUGCUCCUUCCAGAUCCUGAAGCCGUCUGAGAAGAAAGCCAAGUACCAGUACGGAGGGAUGAACGCCGGGCGCCCAGUGACCCCGCCCCGCACAGCCCAACCCCCCAAGAAACGAUGAACCGACCACGCACACACACACACAUAACCCCACACCAGGAGGAGGAGGAGGAGGAGGAGGAGGAAGACACGUCGAAGUCCAUCAGUGCAACUUUUUCAAAACAAGUGUUAAGAAUGGAAUAAACCAGUCUAAGGGUCGUUCUGUUUGCAUAGUCCAAUGUACUUUUUUUUUUUUUUCUUUUCUUUUUUUGUUUUAUUCAUUUUCGUUUCGCUUUUAUGUGUUUUCUUUGACGACGGAAUGACGACUAGUUUACCACAGCGCCCCCUACCUGUACAGACACGAACAGGAGUUGAUGACGACUGCUGGGUUUUCAAUAAAUACAGGGAACAAAACUCA